ACGCACUAGCAAGAGAGAUGUUUACUGCUAACUAGCUCGUGUUACAUGAUUACAACAAUCCGGUUGAAGUUUGUUUACCGCAAAACGCUUAAAGUCCGAGCCGGCUGACUGAGCAAGGGCUGAGAAACUGAGGACGUACGAAUGGAAAUGGACGAUAAUGACCUACAGGCCUCUUGCUGUGAUACAAGAUGGUCACAGCAACUGUCAGGCCUUCCUCACAAGCUCCUGCAGCGCCUGAUGCCUUUCCAAAGGGAGGGAGUGGAGUUUGCUUUAUCUAGGAAUGGACGAUGUAUGAUCGCUGAUGAGAUGGGUCUUGGGAAGACGGUGCAGGCCAUCGCGGUGGCGUACGCUUUCAGGCAGGAGUGGCCCCUCCUGGUGGUGGUGCCCUCGUCACUGAAAUAUCCCUGGAUCGAAGAGCUGGAGAGGUGGAUCCCCGAGCUACAGCCCGGAGACAUCAACCUGGUGGAGAACAAGAGCCACACCAUGGGUAUCAGCAGCAGUAAGGUGACGGUGCUGGGUUACGGUCUGCUCACCACAGAUGCCCGCCCCCUGGUCGAGGCUCUGAGCAGGCAGCGAUUCGCCGUGGUCGUGGUGGACGAGUCCCAUUACCUCAAAUCCAGGAACGCAGCACGGACUAAGAUACUGGCGCCUCUCAUUCAGAGCGCCAAGCGGGCCAUCCUGCUCACUGGUACCCCGGCCCUGGGUCGGCCUGAAGAGCUCUUCAUGCAAAUUGAGGCCCUCUACCCCAAGAAGCUCGGAACCUGGACUGACUACGCCAAAAAAUACUGCAACGCCCAUUACAGGUACUUCGGGUCUCGCAGGCAGUGGGACUGUCGCGGGGCUUCCAACCUGCAGGAGCUGCACCAGCGGCUGAGUGAGAUCAUGAUCCGUCGUCUCAAGGCUGAGGUGCUCACCCAGCUGCCCCCCAAAAUCCGCCAGCGUAUCCCCUUCGACCUGCCUAAGGAGGCCGCAAAGGAGGCCUCAGCCAGCUUCGCAGAGUGGGAGAGACUGAUGAAGGGAAUGGGGUCGGGGGUCAGCGCCACGGACAACCCCUUCACUCAGGUCAUGGGCCUGGUCACACAAAUGUACAAGCAAACAGCUAUUGCCAAGGCGGGAGCUGUGAAGGACUACAUAAAGAUGAUGCUGGAGGCAGAGCAGCUGAAGUUCCUGGUGUUCGCCCACCACCUCACCAUGCUGCAGGCCUGCACCGAGGCCGCCAUCGAGGCCAAGGCUGCUUAUAUCCGUAUCGACGGCAGCGUUCCAUCCUCAGAACGAAUCCAGUUGGUCCACAAGUUCCAGAGUGACCCAGAGACACGGGUGGCCAUCCUCAGCAUCCAGGCAGCCGGUCAGGGUUUAACCUUCACCGCAGCCAGCCACGUGGUGUUUGCCGAGCUCUACUGGAACCCCGGCCACAUGAAGCAGGCUGAAGAUCGAGCCCACCGUAUUGGACAAACGUCUUCGGUCAACGUGCACUACCUCAUUGCCAAGGGCACUUUUGACACCGUUAUGUGGUCCAUGCUCAAUAAGAAGGAAACGGUGACUGGCAGCACUUUAAAUGGCAGAAAGGAAUACCUGAAGGCGGACGAGGGCGACAAGGACAAGUGGGAGUUCCUCAACUUUGCCGAUGCGUGGACGCCGAGCGAGAUGGUGCUGCCGCUGGAGGGAAACACAGGAAAUGCCAAAGAUGACGUGUUUUUCACUCAUUUUGAGAAAGAGAAGCAGCACGACAUUCGUUCCUUCCUCUCCCCAAGCGCCAGCAGGGAGAAGAAGAGGAAGAGAACAGAGGAUGAAGAAACGUGUCCCUCCGUCUCCUCAGAGAAGGCUGCCCAGCCAACUGGCAGUGGAACAAACUCUGAAAGAAGAGAGGAGAAGGAGUCCUUCUCCCAAACCUCCUCCGCACCCGACCAGGACUUCUCUCCCCAGCUGAAGAGGCUCCGGACACCACAGCCCAGCCCAAGCCCCAGGUCCCGAUACGGUGGGAAGCGGCGGUCAACAGCUGCUGUGAUCGGCUCCGGCAGCCCCAGCGCCCUGGUCUCCUCCAUGGCCCCGCGGAAGCUGUCGGAGCCCAACCCUUCCACUGAGAAGUGGAGCUGUGGGGCCUGCACCUACUCCAACAGCAGCCUGUUGCCUUACUGCGAGAUGUGCGAGUUUCCGCGCUCUUCUUCUGGUGUCCAGUCAGAGCCACCCAGGCAUCAGCUGCCCCCCUCCACCGACAGGGACCAGGCAUGCGUUGUCCUCUCCAGCUCCGACAGCGAGCCAGAGCUCAGCCGGCGAAAAGACCAGACUCCAGAAUCGCUCAAAGACAAACAGAGCGAGGAGGAGGAGGAGGAUGAGCCUCCGAAAGACAAACAGAAACCAGGAGAAGCAGAGGAGGAGGACAAGUUGCAGCUCAAAGGCAAACAAUCAGCGGGAGAGCGAUGCGACAACAUCGCUGGCGGCUGCCUCCCCCCCGACCACACACAGGACGGGAGAGCUGCAGCGUGUCUCUCUUCUUCUGCGGAUGCUAAUGACGAGGAUGAGGGCAAUGAUGGAGAUGAUGCCAGCGCCGCCCAUCCCGUCUACCCAGGCCUGCAGUUCUGCGCCAGCCAGUACACAGACAGAAUAUAUCUUUACUCCAAGGACGGGACUCCGUUGAACUUGAGUUUCGUCCCUCUAGACAUCAAACUAACCAACUGGGACGACCUGCCCGAGGCCUUCAGCCAGCGCCGGGAAAAUCAAAUACAGGUGCUGAGGUUCGUUCAGGAGUGGAGCAGCCUGGCAGCCAUGAAGCAGAAACUGCUUCGACGCAGCGGCCUCCUCUGCCACAGCCCCACUUUAGGCUUGCAGCAGCUGGCUGCCACCCAGCGCCCUCACUCCAGCACAAAGAGGUACAUCAGUAAAGACGAGGUGGCCCAGGCCUCCCUGAGCAAGGCCCAGCGGGAGGGAGGCAGCGUCCGACUAGUCACCAAUGAAAACUUCUUCACAAAGAGGAGGUCUGCUGCUUCACUAACACCACCUGCUUCUGAGAGCCUGGACAAGAAGUCCUGUAAGACAGUGGCGGAGCAGCCCUCAUCAGAGUCCGGAUACUUGCAGGCAGUGGACAGUGAGGGUGUCCCUUUGUGUCUGUCCUGCCAUCAAUCCUGCUCUACCACCGGCGGGGCCUGGGACACUCGAUUUUGCAGCCACAGGUGCCAGGAGGAGUUCCAGUUGCGUUCCAGCCAGACGUACAUGCGCUCGCGGGUGCUGGAGGCGGAGCAGGGCAUCUGUCAGCACUGCAGCCUCCAUGCCCACGACCUGUUCCUGAAGGUCCGUGAUGCCCCGCCCUCCCAGCGCAAGGAUAUGCUGGAGAGCACUUGGCUCGCGCAGCUGUCACUCAAACAGCUGAAUGAGAUGAUCCGCGCUCCGGUCGAAGGGGAUUUCUGGCAGGUCGACCACAUCCGGCCGGUCUACAGCGGAGGAGGACAGUGCUCUCUGGACAACCUGCAGACGCUCUGCACCGUUUGCCACAAAGCCAGGACGGCUCAGCAAGCCAAAGAACGGAGCCAGAUGAGAAAGAGUGUUGCUGCCUCCAAGGUUGCGUCAGACAUCAGCAGGUUCUUCAUCCGGAAAUGAAAUGAAGGUUUAGUAAGGGUUGUAUAGGUGUAACAUUUCUUGAAUCACAUUGUUGAAUCCUCACUGGCAUCAAGAUGCAUCAUGAUUUUUCAGUGACAACAUUCACAUUUAAGUAUUAGAAAUGCGAUUCCCUCUGAGAGAUUAGGAUUAAAGGCCGGGUUUCCUUUGAUUCCAUACUUUUCCUCUCCCUUACUUUCUGAUGAUAUCAGCGGCGUCUUGUUGGACUCUGCUGCACCUGUGGAAAUUUACCUAAAAAACAGUGAUGACUGCAUCAAAUGCUAAUUCAGCCAACUCCCCUCUCGUCCCCGAAACGUCACAAGUGCAGUAGUUUUGAUUUAUGACGGCCCCCUUUUGCUCGAGGCUGAAAUGGAGCAGGUUGUUUAGAGAGAUGCUGCUAUUUUAAGAUUUUUGCAAACUUGGUGAAAAGUAGCAGGUGAGAGAUGAAUUGGGGGCUUUGUGAUUAAAACUUCACAGCAGAAAACACAACCAAGUGUCCUCAUUGGCGCCCCCAACAUGUGGCGCCUUGUAAAUCUUCCUUUUUGGAAGAUAGAUGAACGCACCCUAGUGAAAUAAAAGCCUAUUUUCAUUUUGUUUCAUGUUGCCUUCCUCAGUUCCUCUGCUGCUUUGACCACGAUUUGGACUGUAAAUACACCAAGACGUUGGUUGUUCUGACAAGCUAGAAAAUCGGUUCAUCGCCUCAAGUCAGGAACAUUAUUGUCCAUGUCCACGCAUUUUCCUCCUCUUCAGCUGUGCUUGAUGAUCUGAACAGAGCUAAAGUCAUUCAGGAGGGCUAUGUUUAGAGAGACGGAGAGCAGAGUUACUAUGGAAACAAGGCUUCAGGUUCAGCAAUGUCGGGAAUAUUGAAUCUCUUCUUGUGAGAGUUAUACAAUAAGCCAGACAGACAUGAGAAACUCCAAUCAAUAGCAGCAGGCUCCUGUGAAAAUGAGGCCGUCACAUUCCUCGGCAGCAGAAUUUAACUUCCCUUCUCGCUGCUGAGGCUCCGCGGUUGACUUUGCAGAUGUCGUCAUGUCACGAUUUGUCUGUCAGCCGUGUCAAACUCCAAACUCAGCAAAUUCCGCCAUUGCUGAAAAGUUUUUAAUUUUUCUGGCAGCCCCAACUUCUCUCAGCCUAUUGGAGCGCUCGGUUGGAGCCACGGCUUCAAACUUUUCUCGGAGCCCAUGUGGGUGCGUGCGUGGGUGUGUGUGUAUUUCCCCUACGGCUGCUCCAGGUCUCCACUUAAUAAGACCGUUGUUCCUCUCCUGUCCAAACCGACAAGCUUUGUGAGUAAUGAACAUCUCCCAGGCAGCCUUCCAACAACAGCAGGUUUCAGUGUCAGUCCCUGUCAGCAGCCAAUGACUCUGAUCUGCUGUUUUAUUACACCCAAAAGGUGUAUGUGCAUGUGUGUGUGCGGGAGAGAGACAGUGAGCGAGGAGGGAAAGUAGUGCAAAAGUGUAGCCGAGUGUUUUUCUGUGCGUUACACAAAUAAAGUGUGCGUGUUUGGCAGAGGAAAAGUGUAUCUUGGAAGAGAGAGGAAGUGGGGUGUGUGUUUGUCAGACAAAGCCAUAAUGAGGCAGCGUCCAGAUGAAGACGUCUCAUGUUCUUCCCAGAGGGGCUGCUGGGUAAAGAGCAGCGAAGCAGCUGUGUGACACUGUUUGCAUUGGACAACCUAUCAGCCCAGAGGAAAAACAUUACCUCUGCAGGUGAUGACAGUAAUAAAGAUGGACUCAAACACUGACGGACGGCCGCCGAGGAUUGCAUGUUUGCUUUCCGCCUUACACACUCCUCCCUCCCCUCUUUAUUUAAAGCUGACAUCAGAGCAAAAAAACUCACUUUUUCCUUCAAGUGCAAUCAACGUCUGUUCCUUGGUGCCACUGCUGCAGAGAUAUCUCAACAGGUUACAUAGCAACACAGCACACUCUGAACGUCACAUGGCCAAAAUUAGCUGGGCAAAUAUCUAGCGGAAAUAAUGACAGAGUUAGAAAAUCACAGUGUAUUGACAAAGAAAAGACAAUAGGAAAAGAAAAGAGAUAUGGUGCCAUCUGAAGAAAAUCCAAGCAAAUGGAAUUAAAAAGAAGUGCAGUGCAAAAACACUACAGCAGUGAACCUGUCAUAUCAAAAUGAACCACAAAUGAUUACAACAGAAAUGGAUUUUAAAGCAUGGAAGUCUGGUCAUAUUCUUUAUUUUUCUUAUUUAUUAAUUCCAUCGUAUUCCUCUGUACCAUAGAGCUCCAUUGUUGUCCAAAAUAAACUAAUUAAAAACGCAGUGAAACGGCAGUUGGGGCUUUGGUCUCCGUAAUGUAAAGUGUUGCCAAGGGAAAUACAAAAUGUGGGGAAUAUGCAGUUACAAGAGAUUGGAUCGGAGGAAGGUUUGUUUGCUACGAGUCUUACAUUUGUUUCUCAAUUGUCAUUCUUACUUUUGAAAAUGUUUGCAUCGUUUGAAUCACAAUUUGUCAAAAGAAUAAAAAAGUGGCAAGUUGA